AUGGGCAGAGCAGCUCGGUGGUUCAAGGCCUUGUUCACCACCAAAAAACUAAAAGAUUCCGGUCACCGCCAAAACCACAAUUCCUCAUGCGUCGCCCGUUCUCACACCAUUUCUCCGCCGGACAAACCAAUCUACAACACCCACUCCGAUGAGGACGACCAGAACCGGCAUGCAAUUGCCGUCGCUGCUGCCACUGCCGCCGCCGCUGACGCUGCCGUUGCCGCCGCACAAGCAGCCGUCGCUGUCGUUAAGCUCACUAGUCUUGGCGUCUCCGGCGGCGGUGGUUGUCGGGAAAAUUCAGCCGCCAUCAAAAUUCAAUCGCAGUUUCGUGGAUACUUGUCAAGAAAAGCAUUGAGGGCAUUAAAGGCAUUAGUGAAGCUUCAAGCAUUGGUUCGAGGAUAUCUAGUCAGAAAACAAGCAGCUGCUACCUUGCGCAGCAUGGAGGCUUUGGUACGUGCGCAAUCUAGCGUUUGUGCGCACAAACUUUAUGCCAUGAACAAGCUUCAAGAUUCAAAACACUCUGAAGAGAGAUUUGAUGAAACAAAGAGUGACUACACAACAUCUGUGAUUCAUAGCAGAAGGCUUUCAUCUUCUUUUGAGCCUUCAGUGAUUGAUGAAAGCCCAAAAAUUGUGGAGAUGGACCCUGGAAGGCCCAAAUCGAGAUCAAGAAGAACCAAUACAUGGGCUUGGACACCGGGUUAUAAUAUCGACAACCCGUAUGCCCAAACCCUAUCCUCGCCUCACCGUCACCGAUCCCCGGCCCGUUUACCAACGCCGAGCUCUCAAAACCACGAGUUCGAGUGGGCCCUACAUGUGGGUUCCAACCGGUUUCGUCCCGUCUCUCCUUCCAAGAGCGUCUGCACUGACGGGUCGUCGAGCAACCGGAGCUACAUGGCUAGCACCAAGUCAUUCAAUGCUAAGUUGAGAUCACAAAGUGCACCAAGACAAAGGCCUGAGUUUGGAGUUGGGCACAAGAAGAAGAUGUCACUCAAUGAGAUGAUGGAGUCAAGAAGUAGUGUAAGUUAUGGGGUGAAAAUGCAAAGGUCAAGCUCACAAGCACAAGCACAAGAGGCCACUAGUUUCAAGAAUGCAAUUAUGGGUAGGAUUGGUGGGUCUUCAGAGAUUCAAUGGUGA